UAGUGCCUGUUGGUGCUGGUGUAGAUGGUCCAGGACUGCCUGUAGGUGCUGUUGUAGCUUCAGUAGUUCCUGUUGGUGCUGGUGUUGAUUGUCCAGUGGUUAGUGGUGUGCCAGUUGUUGUAGUUCCUGUUGGCCCUACUGUCGUUGUUGGUGCUGUUGAUGACACUCCAGGUGUCGAUUCACAUGUACAGUAACAAACUGGAGGAGUUGUCGGUGCUACACAUGUUGUUUGUCCAACUACCGAAUUUAUUAAUGAGAAUAAGAUCGGAAUUAAAGUUAUUAUUUUCAUAUUAUUCUUUUACUUAACACAAGUUUAUGUGUUAAAAUGUGUUUGAUGUUUUUCUACAAUUUGCCUCUGCUUAAAUAUACGGAAUUAAGAAAUAAUUUUUAUAUUUGCCACGAAAUAUUUAUCACUAAAUUACAAAAAAUUAUCUUAAUUUUAUUGUUGGAAGUAUAUGUGGCAUACGUAUAUGUUUAUUUUUCACGUGAAUCCUAA